CCGUUUCCCGGCGUGCCCCAGGGUUCUCGACGCUUCAGACCGACGACGGCGAGCGGCGGUGGGAUUAUUACACAAGGACCCUGGCGUCUCUCCGAAAGGAAGUCAGAAGUGGCGGGGACAAAGUUGGUUGCUGUUACCUCUGAGGGCAUGGAGGGGAAGUCGAAGGUGGCCCCCAGUGUGGAUUUCGACCAUAGUUGCUCAGACAGUGUCGAAUAUUUGACUCUGAACUUCGGGCCUUUUGAGACGGUGCACCGCUGGAGGAGGCUGCCGCCCUGCGAUGAAUUCGUGGGAGCCAGACGAAGUAAGCAUACUGUUGUGGCCUACAAGGAUGCAAUUUAUGUAUUUGGAGGAGACAAUGGAAAGAACAUGUUAAAUGACCUGUUAAGAUUUGAUGUGAAGGACUGCUCUUGGUGCAGGGCUUUCACAACUGGAACUCCACCUGCACCCAGGUACCAUCAUUCUGCUGUGGUGUAUGGAAGCAGCAUGUUUGUGUUUGGUGGCUAUACGGGAGAUAUUUACUCCAACUCCAACCUGCAGAACAAAAAUGAUCUGUUCGAGUACAAGUUUGCCACAGGGCAGUGGACAGAAUGGAAAGUAGAGGGCAGGUUGCCAGUUGCAAGGUCAGCUCAUGGAGCUACAGUUUACAGUGACAAGCUUUGGAUCUUUGCAGGCUAUGAUGGCAAUGCAAGACUGAAUGAUAUGUGGACCAUAGGUCUCCAAGAUAGAGAGAUGGCAUGCUGGGAUGAGAUUGAGCAGAGUGGAGAGAUCCCUCCUUCAUGUUGUAACUUCCCUGUGGCUGUCUGCAAGGACAAGAUGUUUGUUUUCUCAGGACAGAGUGGGGCAAAGAUCACCAAUAAUCUUUUUCAGUUUGAAUUCAUGGAAAAAGUUUGGACAAGGAUUCCCACUGAACACUUGCUCCGAGGCUCUCCGCCUCCACCUCAAAGACGGUACGGUCACACCAUGGUAGCAUUUGAUCGACAUCUCUAUGUGUUUGGUGGUGCUGCAGACAAUACGUUGCCUAAUGAGUUACACUGUUAUGAUGUGGACUCUCAGACAUGGGAGGUCAUUCAGCCCAGCCCAGACAGUGUGGGGAGCAACUUGUACACAGAGGCAAUUUAUGAUCCUGAUUUCAUGAUGCCCAGUGGACGGCUUUUCCAUGCUGCAGCAGUAAUUUCUGAUGCAAUGUAUAUCUUUGGUGGGACAGUGGACAACAAUGUGAGGAGUGGAGAGAUGUAUCGCUUUCAGUUUUCCUGCUAUCCUAAAUGCACUUUACACGAAGAUUAUGGGAGGCUGUGGGAGAACAGGCAAUUCUGUGAUGUGGAAUUCAUUCUCGGAGAGAAAGAAGAGCGUGUUAAAGGGCACAUAGCAGUUGUCACAGCUCGAAGCAAAUGGUUAAGGAAAAAGAUUGCCCAGGCUAGAGACUGGCUGAAGCAGAAAGCCAAGCAGGAGGUUGCUGUAGAAGCUGAAACAUCAGGGACAAACCUGAAGCAGACAAGCUCAUUACUUCAGCUCGAGGUCGUGAUCCGUGAAGCUGAGGCACAGCCAUUUGAGAUACUGAUGCAGUUUCUCUACACAGACAAAAUCAAGUACCCACGGAAAGGUCAUGUGCAAGAUGUCUUGCUGAUAAUGGAUGUUUACAAGCUGGCCCUGAGCUUUCACCUGGCUCGACUGGAACAGCUGUGCUUACAGUACAUUGAGGCCUCAGUGGACCUUCAGAAUGUAUUGACUGUGUGUGAGAAUGCCAACAAAUUGCAGCUGGACCAGCUGAAGGAAUACUGUCUGAAUUUUGUGGUGAAGGAAUCGCACUUUAACCAAGUGAUAAUGACCAAAGAAUUUGAGCUUCUUUCCACUUGCUUAAUUGUGGAGAUUGUAAGAAGGAAGCACCAACCCCCAACACGAAUAAAUUCUGAUCAGCCUGUGGAUAUAGGCACCUCUCUAGUCCAGGAUAUGAAGAGCUAUCUGGAAGGAGCAGGCAUGGAGUUUUGUGACAUAACCCUGCUGUUGGAUGGUCACCCCAGGCCAGCCCAUAAAGCAAUACUGGCUGCCCGUUCCAGUUAUUUUGAAGCCAUGUUUCGGUCUUUCAUGCCUGAAGAUGGACAAGUUAACAUUUCCAUUGGAGAAAUGGUACCAAGUCGGCAAGCUUUUGAGUCACUCCUUCGCUAUGUGUACUAUGCUGAAGUCAACAUGCCUCCAGAGGACUCCUUAUACUUGUUUUCAGCACCUUAUUAUUAUGGUUUCACAAACAACAGACUGCAAGCCUACUGUAAGCAGAACCUGGAAAUGAAUGUGACUGUGGAGAAUGUACUGCAGGCCACCCAUUACAUGGUAUUACUGUACUACACUAACGAGGACAGCCAGCUGGCAGAAGGCAUGCUGAGCUUGAUUCUGGAAGCAGCUGAUAAGACUCAGGCCGUAGAUAUGAAGAAACAUUGCCUCCACAUUAUUGUACAUCACUUCACCAAGGUCUCCAAGUUGCCCAACCUACGAUCCCUAAGCCAAGCCUUGCUUCUCGACAUCAUCGAAUCAUUAGCAAAUCACAUUUCAGACAAGCAGUGUGCAGAGCUGGGCUCGGACAUGUGACAAUUAAUUUUAAAAACUGAUUCUCAAAUUGGUUUGGAAACUUUGCUCUCUGAUGCAGAUGAGUGGUAAUUUAUUUAUGAAAGUAAGUAAUUUUAUUUUAAGUAGGACAGUUAGGAUGCGAUGUUAAGGCUGUUUUCAACUACGUUUGAAUCAGGUCUUUCAUUGGGAGAAGAAUAUUGCUGUCCAAUAUAUGUUUGCUGGUUCAAACAGAAUAAGGUGGCAAGCAAUGUACCAUCUUCAAAAAAAUCGCAUGGUAAUUAGCUCCAAGGGACACUAUCCCAGAUGACUUGCAAAAUUUAAUUGUGAAAUUUAAAAUUAACAAUCUUAUUUUACUUUUGGUUAUUCAUUCCCUUCAUGAAGUUAUGAAUAGUCUAAAUGAUGAUAUUUCCAAAGCAACUCACAGUGGUCACAGAUUUAGGAAUGUCUGGCUCAAUUGUUCACUAGUUCUGUACUGUCAUUGUUUGACAGCAGGAAUCACUGACUGAGGUUGCAGGAUGUUCUCUGAUAUUGGUAAAUGUAAGUUGUGUAUAUAAAUGAAUGCUCUUUAGUAGAACUUGUCAUCAUUAAUAUUCAGUUUGGUUCUCAUGAGGCACUAUAAUCGGCACACAUUGUAAUCAAAAUGUAAAAAUUGAAUGAGCCAUGGCAUUGAUUAUUAAGACUGUUGUAAAAGAAAAAUCACCAUACGUAAAUGCUACAUGUAUACUAUCACUGAUAUUCUAAUUGUAGAAUGAAUAUAUGAGGAGAUUUAUGAAUGAGGAACAUGUUUUGCUUUCUAUUGCCUUUUAUAGCUGCAAAUCACAUUGAAUUUUUUGUCGAGGUUAAUUAUUGCUUUUUUUUGCAUGGCCCAGAAGUAAAAGUAUUGUAAAAUAUCUUUCUUAGUGCUGAAUGUAAUGUUUGAUUUCCUCAUAGCUCACCGUGCAGGUGAGAUGCAGUAUCUAGAAAGUAUCUAUGCUUCAUUUUAUAAAUAUGCAACAAUUACUUGUGGAAGAAGUCUGUGUCACAUUUUCAAUUUAAUGCUCAUGCCAUGUAUUCAUGAGGCUGUGAAUCACAAUGUAAAUGAUCUCGUUGAAUCAUGCUUUUUUCACUUGUGAGUGAAGUAAAAUUUGCAGGGCUUUAUUCAUCAGCAAUUGUUUUAACUGUGCUUUGCUAUUUUUCUUAGGAAGGUAAUAAUAUAACUCGUACCUAGUAUUUAUACUUUUCAUGUUACCGUUCAGUUGCAUUUACAAUUUGGCAUGAUGGUAUUAUGUAAUUCUAAGGCACACUCCGAAUUGAAUGAAGAGCACCCAGUAAUUGCAAUUCUACACGUUUAUGCUCACCUUCAACCAUCUGACAAGGUGAUUUUCACCUCACUAGUACGAUACCACUCAACAUCGAGGUUAAUUGUCUCGAACUGAUGUAGAAGAGUGAAUGGGAGGGAGAGGAAAGGAGUUUGGACAGAGGCAAAUAUAUUCCAAAGCUAGUAAUUAAAGUUCACCUUCAUAUUAAAUAUAUGUGUAAUUUAAAAAAAAACUGUAUAACUACUGAUGGUAUAAAAUAUGUAUAAAGUAAACUUUGAAAACUCGUGAA